AUGGACCCAUCCAAUUCCCAGGGCUCAAAUCAAACCCCAUAUCCAUACGACACAAACCACAUCAGUGAACUGCUUAAGCGCAAGCGCCGCACCCGCGGCAUCAAGUCAUGUUUCCCUUGUCGUCAUAGGAAAGUCCGCUGUGAUGGUAAUAUGCCAUGCUCUAGUUGUGUGCAGCGUCAUCACCCAGAGCUAUGCUGUUUGCCUCCUAGCUCAGGGCAUCAGCCGCCUGCUUCCGAUGGGAGGGCUAGCCCUUUAUAUAUGAAUAGGGAUGGGGAUGAAGAAAUGCAAGGAACUAGCACUAACAGUAUUUCCGGCGAAGGUCAAUCAGUAUAUUUAAAUGAAAAUAACAAUCAUGCCCCGGGCAUUGAUCUUAUUCUCAACCGACUUGAGAAGAUGGAUAAGCAGAUCUCUUCCCUCAAGGAAGAGCUUCGACAGACCCGCUCAAGUGCUGGGUCAGGCACAAUUUCCCAAGCCAACUCAGCAUAUGCUGCAUCACCAUUUAUGGGGAAAGGCUCUACACUUGCUAAAUAUCCCGGAAAGCACUUUGUCGAAGACGCCACCGGCGCUACCAUCUUCCUGGGCAGCCAUUCGGAUCCACCAGUCGCUCUGGGAUGCCGACAAGCUGGGAGUGACCCAAUGCUUAACGAUGCAAUGCUCUUGGACCAACUUGUUCCGCGGACAUAUCCGUUUACGAACCUGUGGAAGCAAGAGCCUGGGGCUGGUGAGAUCUGUGAGACUUUGCCUGACGAGUCGGAUAUUAUCCGAUAUUGGCAAGUCUAUCAAACCAACGUACACCCCUUUUACCCAGCGCUGGUGACCUACGAGCAAUUCAAUACCUCGCUAUUUGCGUUCCUAAACAGGCGCACAGUGAUAUUGCUGGAAAAUGAGACCUCAAGAUUAGAUGACGUGGAUUCCUCAUGGCUUGCACUACUUUUUGCUGUGCUUGCCUGUGGAGUGCAGUUCUCGAAUGAUCCCAUCAAGGAACGGGAUCUACGCUGCAAAGUGUUCAUCUGCUCAUCUUUCCAAUGCCUCCGGGCCUCAAAUUUCUUCAACAACACGAACAUGAACCAGAUCCAGGCCAAGGCGUUGAUCGGAAAUUGCCUGCGCAACAAUCUCGAUACAAACAGUGCCUGGAUUUUGAUGGGAUCAACGAUACGUCUUGCGCAGAGUAUCGGACUACACGAAGAAACAGCUUCAGACACGCAAAGUUCCACCGUGGAACAAUUCCAGCGACAACGCCUAUGGUGGAUGCUGUUAUGGCAAGAUACUUUCCUCUCAUUCACCUACGAUCGCCCACCAAACAUAAACAAGCUAAGCAGCAGCAUCCCCCAUGACCCAGACGCAGGCCCGGGACGGUCCUUCGCAGAAUGCGUCUGCGCCAUAUGCCAAGUCCUCCUUGAACGCGCACGACAAGACAACACCGAAACUCCCGCCAAAACUAUAUCCUUCAAAAGCCGAAUGGCAGCUAUAUUCGAGGAUGCCGCCCCAUUCCUUCGCGACAAAGUCCACUGUCGCAGCCUGCAAGAUCACCUCGAGCGUCUAGCCCUGAAUAUCCACAUCUGCUACACAAUCUGUCGUCUCUGCCGGCUGAUUCUAGACACUAAAUCCGAUGAGGCUUAUAGUCCGGCUGUGGAUGUCGAUUCUAUCAAGGUGGAAUGUAUUGACUGUGCUUCUCAGGCUGUUGGGGGUUUCUUGGAUAUGCACCGUCUUGCGGCGACGGUGUGUCGCUCAUGGGCGUUUGUUCAUAAUGCUGUUAGUUGUGCGCUCACGCUUCAGAGCUUGGUAGAUUCUGGUCCGCAGCGCUCGCGUGCUGAUGUGCUGGUUAACCGGUUGAUUGACGUUUUAGAGCGCGAGGAACAGCAGUCUGUGUGGGAGGAUACGGAUACUAAUGUAAGAUACUUUGGUCCGUAUUCUCGAGCUUUGAAGGCCUUGCGGGAGACUAGUGAUGGCCAGUGA